UCGAUAUAGGGGCAGAUGGAUCAGAAGAGACUGUUUCUAAUUUGGAACCUAACAAUUUAUUUGGUGAAAUUUCUAUUCUUUGCAACAUACCUCAGCCUUAUACUGUUCGAGUUUGCAAGCUAAGUAUGAUUCUGCUCCUUGAUAAACAACCAUUCUCAAAUAUCCUUGACAUAUAUUUUCAUGAUGGGCGAAGAAUCUUGAUCAACCUUCUAGAGGGAAAAAAAUCAAAUGUUUGUGUGAAGCAAUUAGAAUCUGAUAUCACAUAUCAUAUUGGAAAGCAAGAAGCUAAACUUGCUUUAAGAGUUAAUAGUGCAGCUUAUCAUGGAGAUCUGUAUCAACUCAAAAGUUUGAUCCAAACUGAAGCUGAUCCUAAGAAGACAGAUUAUGAUGGAAGAUCACCAUUGUUUCCUUUGUCAUGCAGACAAGAAAUGCAACAGGGUUAGUUGCUUCAACUAUUGCCAUGGGUUUAGGUGCCUUUACACAUACAUUGGGCACCCUCGUCCCUGUGAUAAGAGCAAGUGGAUUUGCUACAGUUGCAGCUGCAACUACUAUAGGAACUGUUGUCGGUAAUUUUAGAUAAUCUCUUAAUAGUUCUUGAUAUGUUUAGAAAGUUAGAUAUGCAUAGUUUUGGAUGGUUUAAAC